AUGGCUAUUGCUAGAAUCGUAAGUCAAAUAAAUCAACGCCGAUUUUGGGAGAUUCCAAGACCACGACUGGGUUGGUUUGAGAAAUCGCCAAGGAAACACCGUUUUUCGGGUGGCUAUACCGCCCAUAACGAGUCGCUAUUGCGUUAUGGCGACUGGCGAUGUGAUGAAACUACGAGAGCGUUAGCGGUAUUUCAAGAUGAUUGCAGGUUCCCGCAAGCAGUCGGAGCAAUAGAUGGUACCCAUAUUGAAAUUAUUGCACCGGAGGAGCCUUUCGACUAUUUCGAUAGACAUCAUCGCUAUAGUGUUAUAUUGCAGGCAGUCGUAGGGCAAAACCUCACGUUUUUGGACACCGCAAUUGGUUAUCUAGGUAGCAUGCAUGAUGCACGAGUUCUGCGCUCGAGUGAUAUUUUUCAGAAGGCACAGGAUGGUGAGAUUUUAACGGAACCACUUGCUAGAAUCAACGGAGUUCAAGUUCGGCCUUUGCUGCUUGGUGAUGGUGCAUACCCUCUACUACCUUGGUUAAUGAAGCCUUACCCUAACGGUGCUAAUCUUAAUCGUUCACAACGCCGAUUUAACAAGACUCUCUCUUCAGCUAGAUCGACCGUUGAAAGGGCAUUCGGAGUCCUUAAGGCCAGAUGGAGAAUACUUUUGAAAAGGCUGGACAACCGGUUUGAAAACAUUCCAGACGUAAUAUUGUCAUGCUGCAUAUUACAUAAUUUUUGCCAAAAGGCUGGUGAGGAGUUUGACGACGAGGAGAUUUUACGUAGAAUUAUUCGUGUAGACAGGGAAUAUUUAGAAACAAGGCGGCAAGAAAACAUUGUUCAUAAUCCAACUGCUGAACGUAUUCGCUUGUUAAUCGAACAGAGUUUAACCUAA